GGGCCCGGCCAAUCAGCGCGGCCGGCCCCGUGUAUAUAUCGGCCUCGUCGCCCCGAGCCUUCUUUGCGUUUUACGCCUCCAGGAUUGCCUUGGAUGUUCCGGAUUGCCACGCAGCGUAUCCGCCCUCUCUUUGCACCCGUCUGGACUCGACACUUGUUCACAAGCUCAGCCAUGUUGACCGCCAUCACCGACGUCAAGACCUUUAUCGAGGCCUUCAACCGAGAAUAUGAGUCCAAGCACAAGGCAUACGAAGACAACUUUUGGGCGACCAAGAUGAAGCUCCAGGGCAACUCCACCGAGAAGCUCACAACCUCUAAGAGCGAGCUUGAUGAGUUCCUUGGAAACAAAAACAUGCUUCACAAGGUCCGCGAGUUCCUCAAGCUGGCGGAUCUCAGCAAGGAAGACGAAAAGACCCUCAAGAUCUUUGAGCGCACGUUCCUGUGCUAUAUCAUUGAAGAUCCUGAGGCGCUCGCCCUUCGCGAUCAGAUCGGCGUCCUCGAGGCCGAGCUGGCCACGGCCCGCAACAACAUGGAGCUCGGCUACAUCAAAGACGGCAAGUUCGUCAAGGCAUCGAGCGUCCAGCUGCGAAACGUCAUGCGCACUUCGGACUCGGAGGUCGACCGUCGUGCUUGCUACGAAGCCAUGCGCGGCAUCGGCACCUUUGUCGCCGAAAAGUUCUGUGAGAUCGUCAAGCUCCGCAACAAGCUGGCGCGCUCCUUGGGCUAUGAAGACUUUUACGAUAUGAAGGUCUCCCAGGCCGAGGGAUUCAGCAAGAAGGUUCUCUUUGGCAUCCUCGACCAGCUCGAGGAGCGUUCUCGCCCUCUGCUUUCCAAAGCCCUGAACACCCUUGCUCAGAACAAGGGCCCAUCCGCCGUCCUGCCCUACAACAUGGGCUACAACCUCUCUGGCGAGACUGCCAAGCUCAAGGACCCCUAUUUCCCCUUUGAAAGUGCCGUCGAUGUGUGGACCCGCUCGUUUGCCGCCCUGGGUAUCUCCUAUGCUGGCGCUACGAUGCGCCUGGAUCUCUGCGAUCGCCCCGGCAAGUACAGCAACGGCUUCUGCCACUGGCCGCAGCCUGCCUGGAAGAGCCAAAAGGAUGGAUGGAUUCCCUCGCAGGCCAACUUUACCAGCUUGGCGUCGCCCAAAAGCGUCGGCUCGGGCCUCACUGCUCUCGUCACCCUGAUGCACGAAGGCGGCCACGCCGCCCACUUUGCCAACGUUACCCAGCCCAGCCCCCUGUUCUCCCAGGAGCGCGCUCCCACCAGCGUCGCAUAUGCCGAGAAUCAGUCCAUGUUCCUGGACUCGCUCGUGAGCGAUGCAACCUGGAUGGCCCGUUAUGCUCUCUCCCGUGAGGGCAAGGUCAUUCCGUGGGAAGUUAUCGAGCAGGACAUCAAAGCCGUCCAUGCCUACAAGGUCUUUGAUCUCCGCGCCAUGAUUGCCGUGCCCUUCUUUGAACGCAAGCUUUACGAGCUGCCCACCGAGGACGUCACCCCCGCCAACGUCAUUGCCCUCGCCGACCAGGUUGAGCGCGAGAUCCAGGGUGAACUGUCGGGCCGCCCUCUGCUCUCGGUGCCCCACAUUCUCUCUGACGAAAGUGCUGCCUACUACCACGGCUACGUGCUGGCCGAGAUGAGCGUGCAGCAAACUCGCGCCCACUUCCUGUCCACCUAUGCCGAGGGCAUCGUCGACAACUCGAACGUUGGCAGGGAUCUCAAGAACGUGUAUUGGGCUCCUGGAAACAGUGAGAUGUUCCUCGAUCUCGUCAAGAAGCUGACAGGCAAGCCGCUGUCUGGUGAUGCCUGGAUCCACGAACUUGAGGUUCCUCUGGAGCAAAAGCUUGAGUCCGAGCGCAAGGGCUACCAGGAGGGUCUCAAGGCCGGACCCAAGUACUCUGCGGGCACCAAUGUCGACCUGGACAUGAACGUCCUCCUGGUUCAUGGCGACGACGUCAUUGCCGACAGUCGCCAGACCCAGGGACUGGCGGAGGCUUGCAAGAUCUACAAGAACUGGGUUGCUGGCCUGGACUUUUAAGUAUGCAGCAGGUUCAGCCGCCAAUUCAGCAGGCGUGUGCCAUUGGGACGGCCGUGAUAUCGGCGACUGAUUCGGCAGCAGUACAGCAUUUUGGUCAUUUGGGCCUAAUGCAACAGCGGCCGCAUGCACUGCCGAGAGGCACUUUGGCUUUACAAUCAAUCGAGGCCGUUUCUGAAUCUGGAA